CCAUUGUGCGCCAACGAACCGCAGGUCUUGUAGGUCUGUAGGUCUGUAGGUUUUUUUUUUUUUUUUGUUUUUUUAAUCGCGGGCCUACAAAGCUUCGUGUCGCCAUGCCUCCAGGCCGUCCGCCGAAACGGCCUGGUGACGUUACCGACCUCGACCCUCCCGAUGGCGCCGCCAAAUGCAAGUUGCCUCGCCUAGACCGCGACCGUACCGCUCCCAGCGAUUUCUCGAGCGUCGUAAAGAGCAAGCUUCAAUCCUACACAAGAACCGGACAAGCUUGCGACCGGUGUAAGGUUCGCAAGAUCCGCUGCGAUGCCCUUCCCGAGGGCUGCUCGCAUUGCAUCAACCAGAACCUCGAAUGUUACGUGACAGACCGAGUCACGGGCCGGACGGAGCGAAGAGGAUAUAUGCAACAGUUGGAACGUGAGAAGACAGACAUGUUAAAUCAUAUUCGAGAAUUGGAAAAGCUGCUUUAUCAAAAUGGCGUUGAAAUUAAACACUCGCGUUCAUUCUCUUCAGCCAAUAGCUCUGCUGAUGAGGGCAUUGAUAAUCUAAGCGGUCAGAUAUCAGAUCCCAUAGGAAAGACUCAGUGGAACCAACCCGGAUCGUCUGUCUGGACGAAGGAUCGAAGUCGUUUCUCUAGUAUACCCUACGCAAGCACUUUGCGUUCCGCCGUCGAGCCGAGGCCGACAGACACUCACAUAGGCGUCGGUGCGGAUCAGGCUCCUCUGAGUUCCAUCAAAGGCACGACUUUAUCAAUUCUUGGAAGCACCAUAGAUAUCGGAUCGUUCGAUGCGCCGGACAUGGAUGAGCCCUCUCCUGAUGCUCCAGCUCACACUCCAGUUUACAACAAAUCUGCCCAGGCUAUGUUGCAGUCUGUUACGAAUAUCAACCCGGCACUGCACGUCGACUAUCCUCCUAGAGAUGACGCUUUCACGUAUGCCGAAUGGUAUUUCCUUAUGAUUUACCCCUUCCACCCAAUCCUACAUAAGCCCACCUUUAUGACACUCCUAUCGCGUCUUUAUGACGACCCUAAUUUCAAACCCACUGUAGCCGAAACUACCAUGAUUCAUCUAGUAUUUGCCUCGAUAUACCUCCAAUACGGAAUACGGAACCGGGAACAGCCCGACCAGAGGGCUCGCCUAAACGACCUAUCUAAUAAACAUUAUCACUUUGCUUUAAGCAAAUUUUUCGACCUCUCCACAUCCAAGACCCUCUACGACGUUCAAGCCUUAGCUAUGCUCUGUGUACACACAAUGCGGUUCCCUAAGUCUACAACUAGUAACAUGUUAAGCAACUAUACUCUAGCUAUGGCUAUCGAACUUAACUUGCACCGCGCCUGGAAGAGCCCCGGCGAGGAAACUAACCUUGAAAAUGAGCUUCGAAAGCGGAUAUGGUGGGCUAUUGUUUCGACAGCUGUAACACUAAACGGCCGAAUGGGACGUCCUAUGCCUAUUCGGUUAGAAGAUAUCGAUACUGAAUUUCCAGAGACGAUACCAGAUGAGCUCCUGACCGAGGAUGGAGUUGAUACCACAAGAACAGCCACGUGCCGCUAUGAGAUUGGUGUCUCCGCCUUCAGAAUAUCUGCGUUGUUUCUUGAGAUGUUUGCGAACAUAUAUUGCGCAAGAAAGGAUCCAAACCGAUAUCUUCCCGUAGUUGAGGCGCUCGAAGAACAGCUCGAAGCGUGGAGAGAAAAUCUCCCUCCCGGCCUAAAGUACCGUAGCAUGGGGCAAUCUGAGCAUGACCAAUCUAUGUUUGCUCUUUACGCCGAAUAUAUGGCCCUCGAAUUCAGAAUCACAUUACGGCAUCCGGCCGCCUGUACAGCAAAUAAUUCAAAAAUAAUAGCCGAAAACACAAAGAUAUGUGAAGAUACUGCAAAAGCUUUGCUUGGAAUCCUCUAUAAACUGUAUAGAUUAAAGUCUCUAGACACCACGUGGUAUUGUCUUGCUAUAUACGUCACAGCGAUAUUUUCGACCUUAGUUGCGCACUGGGAGAGGCGACAUGAGACUAACGUGGCUGAGGUCCAAGCCCUUCGUGAGGAUAUGAAGCUAUGGUUAACUCUCCUCGCCGAGACUGGCAGUAUGAUGGACUGUGGUAUGGGUCUCCAUGAUGCGGUAUCCUCCAUCAUAGACCGCACCAUCACCUGGAUAGAGCACGCUCAGAUUCAAAAGGCCAGCGAGCCUGCUGAGCAAUCACCUUUAUCACAAGACAUUAUUAAACAGUCCCCACACUCGCCAGCUUAUGUUAGUCUACCUACGGCACCGGAUUCUAACCCCAGCCAUAAUGAUACAGAGUCGGUAAAUGGCUCGGCAAGCCACGUCAUCCCAACACAGCGCAACAAUUACUACACAGAACCAGGUUCCGAGUCGGGGACAUACCCUUCGCUUUCGUACGCCGACUCUACUACACAUCCAACCAAUUCUAUCGCCUACGACCCGAACCAUUCUUUCCUAUACGCGCAAGCAGCUGGGCAGGUGGCCGUCGUUCAAGCGCAGGCUCAUGCUCACGCGCACGCCCAAGCACAGGCGCAGGCACAAGCGCAAGCACAAGUCCAAGCAACGGACCACAAUCCACUUGCAACGUUUGCUACGCAAACAACGCAGAUGACGCAACCAGCACAUAUAAUGUGGCGGCAGCAGCCUUCGGGAGGAAAUACCUGGCAGGACUGGACGGCCGCCAUCGUAGACAACCAGGAGAGAUAUAGCGCCACCGCCCUGAUGUCCCUAGGUAACUCCGAUCCGAGACCCGGUGCACAUGUCGACGGCACCGGAGCCAACGGGCUAGGUAUGGCAGUACCUAUCAACGGGACCCCUGCGACUACUACAGCCACUAUGCAGUGGCCAUUACUUCUCUUUUCAGAUGGGGUCAGCGGUACUUGAAAAUAACAUUUUAUACCGAAUUUGUCACCCAAUUUUGCAAGCGAUCCAGAGUGUUUAUAUUUACGGGUGACGCGGGCGUCUAGAUGAAGUUUCGCUAUCUCUCACGAGCGCGCAUUUGCUAUUACCAACAACAGAACCUUAGUUGGCAUUUUGAAUGUUUAUUCGAGGGGGGGUUAAAGCGGCGUUAGUCAUGUGAGAUAACUUCUGACGACGGUCAUGUACCAUACGACAGCUUGGGAGGGGAG